AUGAUGUUGGAGGAGUCGAUGCGAGUGAUCCAUGGGACAGUCGGGAGGUUUGAUUCCACGAAGAGUGCCGUUUGGGCCUCUAGAGGAAUCACACUUGCGAGUGUUGGGACGAGGAAGGCCCCAAACGCGAUGAAUUUUUUGCGCCAAUUGGAGAUCCUUCAAAAAAGCGGAGAUUCUGGAGACUUCAAGGAUUGGCACGAUGCUACCAAAGUGGCGCGGGCAUUUACGGUGGGCAAGUUGGAGGCCGAGUCACUGACCAAUUUGCAAUGCAAAAUUGCACCACUGAUGGUGACAGCGCUCAAGGAAGCGACAAGGUGCCGGGGAAUGCGGCAGUUCAUCACACACGAGGUACUUGCGCGGGACUUUUUCAAUGUCUCGUACACUUCCACUGUCGCUGGGUUGGAACCAUGGGCUCGCUAUCUGACGAAUGGCCAUGACAACGCGAUUGUGAUGCUUUUGAUGGACCGAUUGCGUGGGGAUUGGGACCGGCAGCCACUACAGUUGAAGAAAGCUUUUGCUGCGAAGGACGUUGCCCUCCUGCACGCCGCCUGUGGUGGUUUCAUCGCGAUCAUGGAGUGUUUCCAACAAAGUGUCCCACAAGCCGACUUUGUGGAGGCCGAACCAGAGAUUCGCAACCAGUUUGCUAUGGGGGUGCUUGACCAUGACGUCCUCAGCUUUAUGGAGAACUCAGUUCCGCCGAUAGCUUUGAGCAAUGUGCGCUUUGUGAGGAGCACGGUCGCUGCGGUUGAGGGGCGGAAAGCCCGUGAGGCCCAGGACAAAGCUCGCGAGCUCCAAGACAAGGUGGAUGAAGCCACGUUGGAGCAAAUCCGCCACCGAUUUGAGAGCGAUAUGAAAACCCUUAAGGAUCGCCAGAAGGGGCAGGCUUUUGUGAAAGAGUUCAUGCAGCAGAAGUUCCAGGUGCAUAUGGUCGAUGAGCGAAAUCCGCAGCAGCUUUUCCCAGAGUUUGCCAAGAAAGGAGUCCCCGCUCACUCCCAGAUCCUUGCGAACUACCUGCGUGGUGCUGAUAUUGGAUCCACGGAUGUCGUGAUUUGGUGCGACCUUUUGCCAAACAGGCAAGUGGAAUUUGGCCGUGCUGUUCUCGAGCGCCUUCUUCAAGGUGGAGGGUCACCAGACGUCUACUAUUGCGGAUUCUUGAGGGAGGACCAGAAGGAUUGCAUUGCAGAUUUCGAGGCUGCGAUAUAUUCGCACUGGGAUUCAUCCGCAACUGCGCCGGCAAAAACCCGGCCUUCUGAGGCAAAGCCUGACCCUACGCUGGAUUUGCUGACAUGGGUGUCUGGGCGCCCCAAAUUCCCAGAUGCCUUGCUGAACAAAUUCUCGGAAGGCUCAGCCAGUCACAAGGUGAUCAGUGAGUGCAAGCAAGAGCUUUUGAGGAACUUCCCAGAGGCAGGCACGGAUGCAUCAGUGACAGCUUCUCCAUCAGCAGGCACGGUUCGGGCGCAGGGCCAGCCGGACUAUUCAAUAGAAGGGGGCGCCAGGCCACAAGAUUUGUCCGAAGACUUGAACUUGGCUGUGGUGAAAGAGGCGGACUUCAAGGUUACAAGGAAAGCUUUUUGCCCCUCUGCGCGUGGCAAGCCGGCAGUGUGUGUGGAUUCGGAGUUCAACUUGUGGAUCGGAAACGAUGGUGACCAUGAGCUUUCCUUGGAGGCUUCUGAAAUCUGUGGCUUUAACGUUGGCUCAUUCGAAGAAAAGAUUGUGUCAGGCAUGGGCGAGAAUGAAAUGACCGGACUUCCCUUUCGCAUUGCGAACGACCUUGCCAUGGUGGCAUAUGAAAAGAAACCAAUGCCACUGUCGAAGCUUUUUCAUCAAAUCAUUACAGUGAAUGGCAUUGCGACCUUCGAACUUGCAAAUCACGAGAUCAUUCAGAAGACCUAUCAGGUUGUGGAGGGGCAGGACGCCCUGCCAGUGCCCUAUCGCUACACCGUCACCGUGGCGCGGGCCGGUAAAUGUAACGUCUUCAACCCAAACGCUUUGAAAGCUGGAGAGAACCCCAAGCACGGAUCGAUCGGCGCAGCGUAUGUGAACCACAUGGACAAGUUACCCAAAUGCAAGUCUGCCACAGUGGUAUGGGAGGUAUCUUGCAUUCAAUUUUGA